GAACCCUACCCGACUCAUUUCGAUCUUUUAUCCUCCUCUUCUCUCACGAACCAAAGCUUCAGCUUCUCAGAUAUUUAUCAGAGCUUAGCAGCUCGCUACUGCUUGCUUGCCCUGCUCCAUUAGCCGAUCAAAUUUGAGCUUCACGGUUUCGAUAGGAAGGGAAUGUUGAGCUCAUAGAUAUCAUGGGUUCCUUUACUAUUUCCGUUGCUCCAGAUCUCUAUGAAUAAAAAAGAUCUAUAGGUUUCUCUAGAACCUGUGAUCCAAAUAUGAGAGAUUGGGGUGGGAGUAGCUUGUGCGUGCCACAUUUUGGUGUUGGAUUUACUUCUAGAAGUGGGAAAGGGGCGUAUCAAUACACUAUAAGAUGCCAGGGCUCUUGUUCUAUUCAAACAUUGAAGCAAUUUGCAAAGAAAUUUAGUUUUAGAGUAGCUUUUCUUCCAAGUACUUGCUUGAACUGGUGUAAUUUGAAUCCUGGAAACAACAGAUCAGAUAAAAUUUUAAUUCAUGCCCUGGAAGGGGAUGAUAUUUUCAACUUGAAGUCUGAAUCAGAAGAUGAGUCCCAAGCAAAUUUAGAAGAUAAUGCGGCUUUAGUGAAUUGGGGUUCUUCUCCAAACAGCCCAGUUUCUGUAUUAGCGGAGUUACGCACAUGGCGCGAGAAGAGUACUGCAGGUAAGAAGAGCAAGAGAAAAAUAUGGAACCGGGUUCAUCUGAUGAAUAAAGUAGCACAGAUAAAGAUUUCCAAGCAGUUUUCUGUUAACAAAGUGAGAUCAUCUAAGUAUAUUAGAAAUAAUGGUGGAUUUGAGUCUGUUCUGUCUACAAUAACACCCCAGAGCAGCACAAAACAAUGCAAUUUGAUUCUUAAACUUCUUGAGAGGAGGAAUGAAGAGAAGGCAAUUCACUUUUUUGAAUGGAUGAAGAGCAACGGAAAGUUAAAUAAUGCUUCUGCAUAUAAGUUGGCUUUACGAGUUUUGGCAAGAAGGGAGGACUGGGUUGGAGCUAACUUAUUGCUUCAAGAAAUGGCUAUGACUUCUGAUUUUGAGUUGGAUUCUGAAACAUUCAAUCAGUUAAUUUAUACGUGUGCUAAAAGACAGAUAGAUGCAUGGGGCGCAAGGUGGUUUCGUCUUAUGUUACAAAGUGGAGUUCAACCUACCGUUUCUACCAUUGGCAUGCUCAUGAAUCUUUACCAGAAGACCACAAAUCUUUCAGAAGCUGAAUUUACAUUUAGCUACAUGAGGAGCUGCAACCUUCAGUGUGUCAGUGCUUAUUCUUCAAUGGUAACAAUCUAUACUCAUUUGGGUAUGCAUGAGAAGUCAGAGGAGAUCAUCUAUCAAAUGGACGAAGAUGGAGUCUCUCCUAACUUUGAGAAUUGGCUGGUUCGUCUCAACGCUUAUUGCCAGAAAGGGAAGCUCAAUGAGGCUGAAUCAGUGUUGAAUUCAAUGAAAGUAGCAGGAUUUACACCAAAUAUUGUAGCAUAUAACACUCUGAUAACUGGUUAUGGAAGAGUAUCUAAUACAAAGGCUGCAGAAAAAACUUUCCAGUGUCUUAAAGGUGCUGGUUUGGAGCCAGAUGAGACAACCUAUAGAUCCAUGAUUGAAGGAUUUGGUCGAAAUAAUGAUUAUAAAAGGGCACUUUGGUACUAUGAGCAGCUGAAGGGUACUGGAUUUCAGCCAAAUUCUUCAAACUUCCAUACAAUGGUCAAUAUUCAAGCGAGGCAUAAUGAUGAAAAAGGCAUAAUUCAAACUGUCAAAGACAUGAAACUUGCGGGCUGCCAGUAUUCUUCAAUUCUCAGUAGCCUUGUACAGGCAUACAAAAGAGCUGGGAGGAUAGAAAGCAUUCCUUCUAUCCUACAAAACUCAUUCUAUGAAGAAAUUUUGUUUGACCCAACAGCAUGUUCUAUUCUUGUGGUGGCAUAUGUGCAGAAAUCUCUUCUGGUAGAGGCAUUACAAGUUUUGAAUGAUAAGAAGUGGGAGGAUUAUAAAUUUGAAGAAAAUCUCUAUCAUUUACUAAUAUGCUCCUUCAAGGAAGAGAACCAAUAUGAAAAUGCCCACAAAACUUUCCAUCAAAUGCCGAAAUUGGAAAAACACCCUAAUCUCCAAAUCACGUGCACUAUGAUCGGCAUCUAUUGCGCCAUGAACAAAUUUUCGGAGGCCGAGAAUCUCUAUUUAGUAUUGAAAGCUUCUGAAAUCAGCUUCGAUUUGAUCGCUUACAGCGUGGUCGUGCGAAUGUACAUGAAAUCUGGUUCCUUGAGAGAAGCCUGCUUGGUUUUGGAUGCAAUGGAGAAGCAGAGCGAUAUAGUUCCUGAUACAUUCCUUUUCCGCGACAUGCUACGAAUAUACCAGCAGUGUGACAUGCAUGAAAAGUUGGCAAAUACCUACUAUUGGAUACUGAGGAGCAGAGUGAGUUGGGAUGAGGCAAUGUACAAUUGUGUACUAAACUGUUGCGGUCGUGCGCUCCCCAUAGAUGAAGUAUCAAGGCUUUUUGAUGAGAUGAUUCAAUCUGGUUAUACUUGCAAUACAAUCACCUUCAAUGCGGUGCUCAAUAUCUACGGAAAAGCUGGUCUUCUUAAGAAGGUGAAGAAGAUUUUCUUGAUGGCUCGAAAGCGAGGCGUGGCUGAUGUUAUUACAUAUAACACGAUUAUUGCAGUGUAUGGGCGGAGCAAGGUUUUCAAGAAGAUGGAAUCCGUUGUCCGUGGAAUGGAGAAUUCGGGUUUUCCGGUUUCGCUCGAGGCAUAUAACUGCAUGUUGGAUGCUUAUGGAAAGGAAGAUUUGAUAGAGGAGUUUAAGGAUGUUCAAAGGAAAAUGGAGAGAGCAAGCUGUUCUUCUGACCACUAUACUUAUAAUAUAAUGAUGAAUAUUUAUGGGAAGAAAGGUUGGAUUGAGGACGUUUCGCAGGUGCUGGAGGAACUGAAAAGGCGAGGUUUGGAACCGGAUUUGUAUAGCUAUAAUACCUUGAUUAAGGCAUAUGGGGUGGCAGGGAUGGUUGAGGAGGCAGUGAAUGUCGUACAGGAAAUGAGAGCUAAAGGGGUUGAACCUGAUAGAGUUACCUAUACAAACAUUAUAGUUGCUCUUCAGAGGAAUGAAAAUUUUUUGGAGGCUAUUAAAUGGUCACUUUGGAUGAAGCAGAUGGGAAUGUAAAGCUGAAAUGUGAUUUGUAUUUUUUUUUUUUUUAAAUUUGUGCUCUGUUGAGGGUGCUAGCUAUUUCUUAAGAGGAUUUUGAUUUUUCUUAUUAUCCUAUUUGUUGUAAUAAUUCGUAAAUGGCUUGCUCACGAGUUUCUAUGGAUGUAUAGAAAAAAGGCAAAUGAGAUGGAAAGGUUUUAAA